AUGGUGCGCGUGCCCGGAUCUUCUGGUGACCCGGAAUAUCACCGAUCACCGGAUCGUCAGAGUUUCGUGAGAAACAUUGACUACGGGAAAAUUAAAGAGGAAGAUCAAUUGAACCUGAUAGAAAAACCUCUAAGUCCUCUUCAGGAUGAUCAAGUGAAGUUGCUGAAUCAUGCACAUCCGUUCAAUUUUGUGAAUGACGGCGAUCUCUAUCAAGCAGAAGGAUGGCAGAUGGAUCAGACAGCCUAUGAAUUUGAUUGGAACGAAUUGAAUGCGCUGUUAUUAAAUGAUCCUGUGCUCAUGAUCAUGAAGCCAAAAGCUGAUCAGACCGUUGAAAGGUCCAGUAUUACACCGACACCGAUGACGAGCACGUUAAACGAGAUCCGCCAGCUGAUGCAGCUUUUACAGGUUGCUGGAUUUACCGCUGGAUCGUUUGAAGCCCAUAGACUACUCGAUUGCGAUAAAGAUCAGGUGAUGAACGCAGCGCGAUCGCUUGAUGAAAAGUAA